AAAUAGACAAGACAAUCAAGACAUAGAACAUAAAAGCCAUGAAUUUAUACCAAAUUUGAUAGCAGGAAAUUAAUGUGAAUCGUUUUAAGUAAAACCUUGUUAGUUUGAAAUACACCCAAGGAAAUUUCAGUUCGUAAAUAGCACAUCACAAUUAUCUAUUUUUUUUGUAAAACAAAAGACAAAGUGAAAUAAUGCCUGCAGUACCUGGAAGUAUGUAUCAAGGGCAAGGCCCUUCAUGUAUUGACAAAAUGAAAAUGGGAUUUUACUUAGGUUUUGCUGUUGGCAUAGCAAGCGGUGCACUCUUUGGUGGCUUCUCUGCGCUGAGAGGUGGUCUAAGGGGACGAGAAUUAGUAAAUACUGUUGGUAAAGUAAUGUUGCAAGGAGGAGGUUCCUUCGGAACAUUCUUAGCAAUUGGUUCUGGAUUACGUUGUUAGAGCAUUAGGCUACUUUGAUAUAAUCCUGAUUAGAUCUUACAUAGAUUUUUUGUGUAAUUUAUAUAAAAAAAUAUAUCACUUUUCUUUUUCUGAA